AAAAUUACCAUUUUUCUUCAGAUUAUUUUUGCAGUUGGACACAAUAUCAUGGUCGAUAAUUUUACAGUGGGUCAUCAAGCCUUUUUGCAGGCCUGUGCCCGAUUCAGUGUGAUGACUCCAAAUCAGUAUUUGGAUAUCAUGAAAGCGGUAAAAACUAAAUAUUUCAACGAUGAAAAUGCGGCAAAUGAUGAGGAUGCGGCCGUUCGAAAAAUGGUCGACGAAAUCAAUGCCAAAUUGAUUGAACGUGAAAUUGAUCAACGGCUAAAUUUUGUACACUAUGAAUGGGAUGACGUAUGCGUGGAGUUUUUGAUCUUUUGUAACACAUUCGCAACAAUUGGUCCAUCACCAAUCGCCAGUGAAGUCGAGUGCAAUUUCAUGAAGAGUAUCAUGGAAAAAAUUUUGAUGAGCGAUACACAUUCCAUCACAAUAAUGUCGGCAAUUCAAUUGUGUUCGACAUCAUCGCAAGCCACUCAGUCACAGGCAACAUCGAAAAAAAUCACCAAACAACGGGCCGAAGAAUUGUUGGACGAAUGGGAGAAUAUCGGCUAUUUCAUGGCAACCGGCGAUAUAAUCACAUUGGGCCCAAGGGCUAUUGGUGAAUUUCGUGAUACAUAUCGAACGAAAUUUGGUGAUUUUAUACAAUGCUGUUUUCUUUGCAAUGGACUUGUGCUUCAGCCGAAAUUCUGUCCGAAUGACCAAUGCGAUGCAGUGCUGGACAAGAAAUGUUUCAACAAUUAUGUGGCAAAAAAGAAAAAGUGCCCAGCUUGUAAAACCGAUUGGAAAGAAGAUGCAUAG